GCGCGCGCGGGCCGCGGGAGCCGGGGGCGGGAAGCGCCCCUGUGCCGCAGCGCGGGCCGGGCCCAGGCCAUGGCCGAGGAGCGAGAUGUCCGUUUUGUCACCGAGGAGAGCUUUGACUUCGGGUUCCUGUCCCCUUCAGACAGCCUGGAGGAAGAGGAGGAUGAGGAGGGCGCGGGGGGGCCCGGGGGGAGCAGCGGGCGCUGGGCCCCCCUGAGCGGGGCCCACCUGGAGGAGAUGAUGCGGGAGGCCACGCUGCUGGCAGCGCAGCUGGAGCGGUGCCAGCUGCCCCCCCGCGGCCCCUCCGACGCCCGCAGCCCCCGCAGCCCCCGCCGCCAGACCUUCGUGGUGAAGGACAGCCCGGUGCGGGCCCUGCUGCCCACCGUGGAGACACAGGGACCGUCCCCCCCCAAACCCAGGGCGAGCCCUGCCGCCACCAGCGGCCCUGGCACACACAGGGUCUCGUCCAGCCGUCACCCCACAGCAGCACCCAAAGGACCCCCCGGAGCCAAGGGGCCCCCCCCGAGCCGGGUGGGUCCCUCCCGGCCGUGCCCCCCCCAGGGGCAGGGAGCCAGGAGCAGGGGGGGCAAGUUGGAGCUUCCUCAUGGGGGAGCAGCAGGCCAGCUGAAGGCGAGGGGGGCCGCAGCCCCGUGCCCCCCCCCCCAGCCGCCAGCCCCAUGCCAAGGCCGCCAGUGCCCCCCCCAGCCGCCCCCCGGCCCCCAGCGCCAUCCCUCGGGCACCCACCCGGACCCCGGCGGGGGGCACAGCACCCAGGGGGGGCUCAGCACCCAGGGGGAAGGCCCCUGCUCCCAGAGGCACAGCCCCCGCUGCUGCUGGCUGCAAACCCGGCCCCCCCCCGAGCCGCCUGCACCCCCCCCGGAAGCCAGCGGUCAGCAGCACCCCGAGGUGACCCCCCAACACCCAGAGGGGCACCCAGACCCCCACCCCCCUCCUGCUGGGAGAGGCGAGGUGGGGGCACUGGGGAAACUGAGGCACGGAGAGGGGAAAGAUGCUGGUUGGAUUUUGCUUUAAUUACAAAAGGUCACGUCAGCAAUAGGAACCCCCCCCUGCCCCCACCCCUCAACACCCAGGGGUCCCUCACCACUCCCUCCCCCCCAACCCCCCCCCAUGUGCCACUGCCUGAGCCAGACCCCUGGGAGGAGGGAAAAGUAUUAGGGGGACCCAGCCAUCUCUGCACCCCUCAACUGAUCCCCCCCCUCACCCCCUUCUCCAUGUCCCACUCACCCCUCCUCAUCUCCUUCCUGGGGGGGGGGUGGCACCGUGGGGGGGGCAGAGGGGGUUCAAUAUCCUUUUUUUUUAUCCUUUUUUUCAUGUAUUUUUUAAAUAAACCCCUUCAGAGGGCACAGGGCUGUGGCACUGCGAGGGGGGCACCCCGUGCCACCCCCCCAGGCUGCCCAAGCGUGCGUGUGGGGGGCCAAUCCCUGC